AUGACCAAACGCGACACCCCCACCGGCAAGCGCGCAAUCUACUACCACACAAACUGGGCCACCUACUCCCGCAACUACCAAGUCGCCGAUCUCCCCAUUGACUACAUUACCGACAUCGCUUACGCUUUCUACAACCUCGCGCAGAACGACACCGCGGGUGGCUACACCAUCAAAUCUGGUGACACUUGGGCUGAUCUCGAAAACCCGCUUAUCGGAAAGGGUGUCGAGCCCCAAAACACCUGGGACUCCCCCGACGUCGAACUCGGAAACUUGGGUCAGUUCUACAAGCUCAAGGAGAACGGAAAGGACUUUGAUCUUUCCUUGUCCAUUGGUGGAUGGUCUUGGUCCACUUACUUCUCCGACGCCGUCUCAACCGAGGCAUCCCGCAAAACCCUCGCCGCCUCAAUCGUGCAACUCUUCGAGUCCCGCCCCGUCUUCUCUGGCGUCUCCAUCGACUGGGAAUACCUCUCCGACGAUGCUGUCAACUACGGUAACACCGGUAAUCACGUCUCCACCGCCGACCCCGUCAACUUCAUGGCUUUCCUCACCGAGCUCCGCACCCAACUCGCCUCCGCAGGCAUGUCCGACUACGAGAUCUCGUUCUGUGUCACUGCUGCCCCUGAGAAGAUUGCGUUCCCUGUCGCUGAGGUCGUUGCGUUGGUGGACCAGUUGCACGUCAUGACGUACGAUUUCACCGACGGAAACUGGGGUGAUUCCAUUUCUGCGCACCAGGCGAACCUUUUUGACUCUCCCUAUGGAAAGUGGUCGGUCGAUAAGGCUGUGAAGGCAUACCUCAACUACGGUGUCCCCGCCUCCAAGAUCUACAUCGGUGCCCCCUUCUACUCCCGUGGAUUCGCAAACACCGACGGACUCGGUAAGAGCGCUUCCGGCGGUUCCCCCGACAUGUCCUGGGAAACCGGCGUCAUGGACUACAAAGACCUCCCCGUCGCCGGCGCCACGGAGUACUUUGACGAAGUCGCUCAAGCAGGCUACUCCUACGACCCCGUCCGCCGCGUGUUCAACACCUACGAGACUCCGCGUUCCCUGUUGAGCAAGUGUCAGUAUGUCCAUGACCAGGGUCUCGGUGGUAUCAUUGUUUGGGAGUCUUCGGCGGAUGCGGAGUAUACUUCUGACCGUUCCCUCAUGAAGGUUUUGUAUGAGAACUUG